AUUUUCCGUUGGAAGCAUCGUUUUCUUUAGGUUUUCAACUGAUUGUUUUUACAACAAAAGAGGUUUUGAUGCGCCGGUAAUGGAUGUCACAUAAAUUACCGUCUCUUAAAGUUUCCAGCCACCUCAAAACAGUGUAAAUCAUGUGAAAUGGCGACGAGUGAUUGGAGUUCAACGUACACGGACGGUGCAGUUUCCGCAAACCGGUCGCUUUCUCCCAUAGCUGUGUCAACAAGCUCUCCCCAAGACAGCGGGAAUAGUUCACCACAUUCUCCAGAUUUUGCUCGAGAUGUAAGUGUCCUUAAAAUUAUCUUUUAUAGAAAAAUAUUUUUGUCUAUACAGGCUCUUCAGCUCGUAAUUAUAAAUGAUUUUGAAUGUUAGCGACGACUUAUGAUCGUGUCGAUUUCCUUGUGUCCAUAACAGUAACGCUUUGGUUUAUAUGAGCUUAAGUGAAACCCUAUUUAGAAUUCAUUUCCGGACUAAUAGCAGUUAUUUUUGCAUAUAAUUUUUUAAAGAAAGACACCGUUUGUUCUUUGGUUAAUUAUAUUUUCUUCAGUGUGGCAGAUGAGCUUGGAUUUUGCGUCCACCAUCGAGCUAAGGACAAUGUUUGGCUAGGGAAUUUAUUUCAAUAGAUUCCGACAUCCGAUCAUGAAUCACCGUUUAAUUGUUUUUUGCACAAUAGUAUUAUGGUUUUUAACAUCCUUAUUUUUAAAAUUAAACGGAUGAUCUCUCAGCACGGUGACAAAGACGGUGCCAAAGUUUUGUUUUCAAUACUCUCCAACUUACGAAGGUGUCGUGUACCCGCAGUCUUCCUUCUACAUAAAUUUGAAAUUUGUUUUUAUUUUUUUGUUUUAGAAUUUUUAGGCAAUUCAUAGUGUAAGAAUUAUAUGAUGCUUUUUUGGUUAAACGUAAACCAAUUCUCUUCAGAUAUUCACUAUUGUAAAACAGUUUUUGUUGUACAGAAUGAUGGGCCAGUUUGUGCCUACAUUACAAUCCUUUGGUAGCUGUUGUGCUUUUACCUUUGUGAGUCAACUGUUUUGAGCCUCUCCUUUUGGAGUUUACUUGAAACAGUUUUUAGUUCAAUCCUCAGUAUCACAAGGGUGUAGUUGAGGGGGGGCCCUAGGGUGCCCUUGACACACCCCCCCCACAUAGCUUUUAUUUUUUAAGAAAAACAAAACAUAGAGGUCAACAUGACAAUCUAGUGAGUACUCUCUGUUUGACAGUGUGCCUCCCUCCCCACCCCCCUUUGAAGAAUCCUGGUUAGGCCCCCAAAUUUUUAUUGGCUAUGUAGCAGGCCUUAUGGUUAGUGGGCUGGACUCUGAGUCCAGAAAAUUGUCCAAAAGUAUAGAUGGCUACUGGACUGAAUUAUCAGAGCAGUCUGAUGAAAUUCUGGGGGGUAACCUUGAGACUGAGUUGUUUUUUUAUCUAGAGGGGAGCAGUGAUACUCUGAGUUGUUUCAUGCAAGGGAGACCAGGAGAAGCUCUGGCUGGGUGGGUCACUUGUCUUGAGUUGUAUAGCAUACAAACUCUAACUACCUACCUGUGUAACAGUUAAAGAUUUGAACUUAUUAAGCUUUUAAAUUCUAGAAUUUUUAUUAAGUAAAGAAAAUCUAUAGUUACAAUACCUCUUGAAGUGUUUAUUUAGUACAGUUUUUGGGUCUCUGUUUCUGUUUUUGUGAUAUAAAAGGUGUCUGCCUAGUAGGCAGUAUGUGUGAUAACAGUUUCACUAAAGUUCCAUGUUAUCUUCAGAGUAUUGAGCAGGUUGAAGACAUGAAUGAGACACCAAGGGAAAGAAGCCAUGUGGCUGAAUAUCAAAAAGAAAUUCAAGAUCUGAGAGGGCAAAUUCAGAAAUUACAGGAGGCUGGAAAUGUCGGGGAAUACUCUGGUAGGGAACCCUUUGUUGACCAAUCAAGAUCAUCUCCUCUUUGUGAUUUUUUUCUGUUCCUUUAAGGCUUUGACAGCAUUCAGUUAUUUCAUGACAUUAUAUAAAGGUAACAUUUUAACCAAAAAAAUUGUUGCAUUCUGUCAUGGCAUAGAUUCCACUGAGCUCAGGCGAAAACUUGCCAGAAUUGAAGAGGAGCAUGCAGAGAAAAUCAGAGAAUCUAAUGAAGAGGUAUCAAUGAAUUGACUAAAACGUGAUUAGAUGUAUUUGUAUGCAAAUGGUUAAAAUUGGAAAAGUAGUGUUGUGACCUGAUAAAUAUCAACUGAAGGCUUAAUGCGAUAUUUUUAUUAAUAAAAAUGUUUCAGUUGGUCUUGACACAGGCAUAAGUGUAGUAAUUUGCACACCAAAAAAAUGACAUUUUUCUUUUUUUUUUGUUUGUAAAGUUAACUGGCUGAAGAGGUCUGGCUGUUGUUAUAGUUAUUUGUAGUUAUACACAAACAGAUGCCUACGUGUAGUAGACACAGACUUGUGAAAAUGUGGGUUUGUAAUGGUAUGUAAUGGUUCUUUACAUAAGCUGGAGAAAAUAAAUUCAUUUUGAUAAAUCUAAAGACACUGUGGCAGAAAAAAAAAUUAUCUGGCAAGCAAAAUGCUUUUUAGGCAGUGGAAUAGAACUGAGCAUUUUUUUCCUUGGUUGUAAACUGGUGAGAAAAUUAAGUUUUAAAUCCUGUAUCUUUAUAGAUCAUGGGACUUCAGAGCCAAAUUGCCAAGCUACGAUCCACAGUGGAGAAGGGCGAGGCAAACAGACAGAAGCUUGAAUAUGACCUGACUAUUGCAAACACAUCAGCCAGUCAAGAGAAGAGGAUGGCAGCUGAGAGGGAAAGUACUCUCCAGAAAAGUGUUGCAAAUCUUAAAGGUGUGUACAGUUUAGCAAAUAAAUAGCAUCAAUGUCUUUGCAUGAUAAAUAAAUUUAUAUUAAGUUGAGUGGUAGAGAAGGUAAUGUUUGUUGUUCAGGGCCAGACCAUCCUGGGGGAUUGUUUUGCUCUUUCUAUACAAAAGGCUACUUGUGAAACCCUUUCUCUAUGUCCUUCAGGUUAGAAGGGUAAACUCACAAAUAUGUAAUAUAAUAAUAAUAAUACAAACACCAUAGGCAGGUGUGGCACUAAAGAGUAUUCAUUUAUGCUCGUUUUUAACCUGAAAUUGGAUAAAAUCAGAUGCUGUGGUCUAAAAUGUUUAGGGCAGACUUGAGAGGAAGGGUGUGGGUUUGAAGAAGCUUCUUUUAUCAGAGGCAAUUUUGUAAAUCCUAUACAGAUAUGAAACAAGUUGGGGAAAUAUUACUUAUUUUAGAAAUAGGGAAUGGAGUAUAAUAUAAAUUAAAUGAAAUGAUCACCAACUACUUUACAUUGUUAAAAUUAUCCUGCUCACAAUCUGUUUCACUUAUUAAUUCUCUUGGGUAGAGUGACUCCUGCAGUUUCUAUACUAACUUAUCUCAUUAUGAUAUGAACAGAAAAUAUCAAUCAGCUUAAGAAACAGUUACAAAAUGUUGGAGAAGCCCUGGAAGAAACACGUCAAACUGGCAAAAACGAAGAACACAAAACUAACCAGUUACUUGCAGAAAAGGUGGGAUGCAAACUAUGUAUUUAGAGAUAAGGCAACAACCAUAUGUUGGAACAGGUUGUUCAGAGUGUUAGCCCUUAAACUCCCAGAAGUGGUUAACAUCAAACUUCUCACAACAUUCUCCAUACAUUAUCAGAAAUGUGUAGCAGCUAGAGGGGAGAAUUAACAAUCAGAUACUGGGAGUUAAGGGUUAAACAUCAUAUUGAACAUUCCAUUUUUUGGGGGAAAAUUUUCAUAAUUUUUCUUAAGUUACUAAAAAAAUUCCAGUAUGGCAGUGGGCAAAUUUGACUGAUAGGGUCUGACAUUUCCAGUUAGUGAGUGUAUUCUGUUCUUGAGUGGAGCAAUUUGGUAAGUCAUUUCGGUAUUGGCAACCCCUCAUACUUGAAAUGACUCUAUCAAAGGAAGGAGUUUGAUUCAUAAUUAUAUGAGAUCUUUUUGAUACACAAAGGCUUGUAGUUAAGAAAUUAAGCUGCUGGCUAACAUUUCAAGUGAGGCGGCUCAAAGAUAGCAUUCAAUGUGGAGCCAAUGUAAGUGCAAGACCUCAGAAGUGCCUGUUGUGCCCUACAGGCCAACAAUUGCUGCUUUUUUAUCCUACAAAUUCUGCUGACAGUUGGCACAUAGCAACAACCUUGUACACAUCUGUAACACCAGUGCUCUGAAAUACCCAUUAAAUCUUGGGAAUAAAGAAGCUUUCUGCUGUAGCACUAGGUGUUUUACCAAAUUGGUAGUCUUGUUUGGUUUUUACAGGAAAAUAUGAUUCUCCAACUUACAAACCAACUGCAGAUUGAGGGAGAAGAGAAACGAAAACUUCAUGUUGUAAUCGAGGAACAAGAGAGGUGUUAUAUUUUUUUUUCCCUUUGAAUUCCUUUGACCAGUCGGAUCUCAACAUUUUAAAAUUUCACUGUCUUGCUUGAUAAUAAAAUCAAAUCAAUGUUUUUAGUAUGGUUUCUUCUCUUGUUCCACAGUUUGUAUGCUGAAUUGCAGGAGAAGUGUUCAUCUCUUGAAAGUGAGUUUAUGAUACUUUAUCAGGGCUUAAAGCUCAACAAUUAUCCAAGUCACUAUUUUGUUGCCAGAUAAAAUAAAUUGAAGAAAAAAACAAAAAAACAAAGCAAAAAACCAAAAAGGGAAUUUUGCCUAACAGUACACCUUGCUACAUUACUGCCAAACUGUGGAUGCCUAAUUGACAACUUCUGCUGGAAAUUUAGUUGCCAAAAUUUUUCCUACUCUCCAUAGCAACCCAAUUGGUAGCAUCUUGAUGUGUCGCCUUUUACUUGUAGUCCUCUCAACUUAAAUAGCUGUGGGAAAAUGCUUAGACCUGCCGCAUUGAAGGUCACAUUAUAUGUUGCUAGAUGUUUUUCUGACCAUGUGAUGAUCAGAAAAUUGAAUAUCUCCAGCUGAGAGAUUGAAAUAAUGUUAUUUUAUUUAGCCCAAAGAUCAAGUCAGGGAGAAACUUUGCAAAAGCAAAUGAGAGAUCUGGAGUUCUAUUCUGAGAAGGAAGAGAGGUUGAAGAAAGAGAUUGAGGUAUUGAUAAAAACAGUUGCAAAAAGAGGAUAAAUAUUCAUAACAAUCUACCUGAUGACUUUCUCAAUGGUGAGAAACAAAGCAGUUGCAUAGGGGAAAUUUUUAACUCAGGAAUGUCAUAAGAACAAAUUCAACUGAGUGGCAAAGAAAAUAUUUUGACCCCUGGAACUGCUGAAAUCAAAUCCAUGGUUCUUAGCAACUCUGUGGCGCUGACUCCUAAUGGGUAGUAAAUCUAAAAUUUUUGAAAUCAUUUUAAAUUUUGUUUUUUUGGAAGAAACACAGAAACACAAGGUAAUAAAAAAUUUAGUGUUUUCAGCCUGUUGGUGACUCAAACUCGUAGUGUUAGACCAGUUAGGAAUAUUCUAUAAAUGUUAUGAUUAGUUCUUUUAAGUUACCUUAAUUUUCCUUUUAUCUGAUUCUAAUGCAGCAAAAUCAGGAACGAAUCAAAUCAUUGGAGGAGAGCAUUGAAGCCGAGAGAGCUGCACAUUUAGAAACCAAGUUCAACUCAGAGAUCAUUCAGGUGAUUAUAACACUGUAUAUGAUCUGUUCUCUUUAUCAGUGGUGAGCCAGGAUGCUUCAGUGGUUGGGGCACUUGCAUUUUGUGGUUAUAGUGUUUUCUUCAGUUCUUGUCUUUGUUUCAAGGCUUCUUUUCUGGCUCUCCAGGUUUUCCAUACCCACAUGAGCAAGAAACUACAAAGUGAUACGAAGACAUUGAAGCGACAUCCAUGAAAUAUUUAUGCUAUACAACAAAUCCUUCAUUGACCAAGCUUGUUCAGUUAAGAUGGCUGGAUAUCAGCCUCGUUUUUCUCUCGUUGCGAUCUGUAAAAACGCGAAAAAAAAAGAACUCAGUCAAUACCCAGUCAUACCGACCUCACACUUGGGCAAAAACGCAUAUUUGAUGAUGUGUUUGAUUUGUGUUUUCUAAUUGAAUGUAUUCCGUAAAUGUGUAGUUGAAGGUGCGAGAUCUUGAAGGUGCAUUGGAGGUCGAAAAGUCUGUAGUGGAUGACGCUAAACAUAACCUUGAUACAUUGACAAAGCAGCACAGGUUUGUACAGAUGAUUUCUGCUCUUAGUAUUAUACAUGCAAUUGCAACAGCAAAAUAAUAGUGUGAUUUCUCAGCUUACUUUAUGCGGCAAUUCAAAUUCCCUGAUUAGUCGAGAAUUGUGUCAUAUAUACUUGUAAUCACACGGCCUGCAGCGAAUACAAUACUUACACAUUAAUUUUUUAAAUGGCGACUGCACGACUGUGUUAUGUUUAUGAGGAAGAAACUUACAAAAUAUAAUUUCUCUGAUAAUUGCCUAAAUCUCAGUACACAUGGUUGAUUUCUUCCGAUAAUAUUCAUUUCAACUUUGUUGAAAAAUCGAGUUUGUUUUAAAAAGAAGACAUUGUUGAACAAUAAAUUACAUCAGGAAUAUUUGCAUGCACUGUACCCAAUGAAUUACGGUUAGAUCGCACCAUGGUUAGAUCGCUCCCAGCUAGAUCGCUCCCAGUUAGAUCGCUCCAAUCAAAGGUUAGAUCGCUCCACUCGAAAGUUAGAUCGCUCCAUCAAUAUAAGUUACUUCGCUCCCAACAUAAGUUACUUCGCUCCAUGUAGAAAACUAAGGUAAAGGUAGCAAAACCAAGCUAUCUAAAUUUAUAAUUCAUCAAAUGACGUGUAUAUCUUACUUAACAGUCGAUUAAUAUCGCUCGCGCGCGCUUGAAAUAAAUCUGAGUUACGCAGAGAGAACAAAUGAAGCCUCAUGUAACGGACUCACGAAGUGUAACCACGAUCAUUUAUUCCAUCAUCGCUAUACUUCUAGUCACCUAUAUAUAUAUAUAGGUGGUUAAUCUGAAGGACAGAGUGAAUACGAUGUACUCGAAUCGUCGCAAGACACAUCAUCGCCUAUGAACUUAAAAGAUCAUUGCUAAGCAAUACUUCACAUUACAACAUGAAACGAAGUACCUUACGUUGGUAGCGAAGUAACUUAUUUGAUGGAGCGAUCUAACUUUCGAAUGGAGCGAUCUAACUUUUGGUUGGAGCGAUCUAACAAGGAGCGAUCUAACCAUGGUGCGAUUUAACCGGAUACCUACCCAAUGAUUCAUCUCUGUUAGGGAGCUUGAAGCAGCUUUUGAAGAAGAGAGAGAUGUUUGUAAAGCAGAGAAAACAAGAGUGGUUGGUUUGGAGGAAAGCCUUGCCAAUGAAAGAAAGAAAAUGCAAGAAGAAAUUGAUGAAAAGCUGAAGAUCAUCACAGACUUGUCCAAACAGCUUGAGGUUCAUCAAAAGAAUUUUGAGGCGUUAAAACAUGAACUCAGUCAGGUAAUUAAUUUAGGCCAUUGAAGCAGACCUUCGCUCCAAAUUGUGAUCAGGAAACUGAAAAAAGAAUUCGAAAGUGCAUGGUCAGGACGCGGGCAAGAUAUUUCGUACAGCCUCAGAUUUCGUUAUGCAUACAGUUCUUGAAUGAAGAGAACAUUGGAGAAAAAGAUACAGAAGAAAGCUUUGGCACAAAUGUUUAGAGACACAAACGGCCGCCGGAAGUUAAAAAUUCUCAUUCUUGGUGCUCUCUUCAGUACAGUUUGGUUUAAAACGCUAAAAUGACGACCUUACAGUCGAUUCAUUGACGUCAUAGCGUGCCAAAUUAGUUUUAUUGUUCUACUGGUUACCAUCCGUAUCUUAAAACCGUCUUUAAUUAUCUUUUUGACCACGGAUUUGUGUUUGAAUAGUACGUGGUUAUGCGGGAAAUCUUCGCAGGGAGCUUUAAAUUUUAAGGCCUUAAAAUUUCAAAAACAUUUUUCUCUUGUCAUCACAGAAAUGACGGUGUAUAUAUAUUUUUCUCAUUCACCUGUUGACAUUUGAUGAAGAUUUUAUCCAUCGUGAUAACUGUAAGCUUGUAAAAUUUUUUCCAGGCAAAGAAACGCCAAAUUCAGCUGGACACCACUUAUGGUAGUAGUAUGCGUGAACUAGAACUCCUUCUCGGUAAUUUUCAGAUCGAAAAACCGGAGGAACACAAACGACAAGGUGAUAAUUAAAUAUAGUCUGCUCAAGCGCAAAUCUGUGUAACUGUGUUUUUGCUUCAAAUAGUAUUCUGCUCAUGCGUAUCUGUGUUCACGCUUUUCCGCGGAAAGUGGAAGCUCGCUUCCCUAAUUCGUCACAGAUUGACUCCCAUAGAAAAUUACGACAAAAGAAUACCACCCUCGAAGUAUGAAACAGCUCACAAACUUGUAGAUCAAUCAAUUGUCUAAGCCUUCGUCUUUGACAAUUUUUUUAGUUCACCACCGGCAAAUCACGAUUAUAGUUUUCUCACCCUACUGAAUCCUAUAACUGUUAAAUAUCUGCAGGCUACAAGAAAGAGAAACAAAAGGCCCUGUCGCCGGCUGCAGUGUUAGAGAGUCUUCGUCAUACAUUGGUGGAUUAUCAGAACAGAUGUUCAAAUGCUUCAGCUGAGGUAAGUUCGUGCUAGAUACCUCUUAAUAACCGAGGUCGAGGUUUGCACUGUAAAGGUUUGAGUUUUUGUCGCACUUGGACCAUAACGAACGAAAGAGCGUACGACAAAACGAGAUUAGUAAGUAUAUUUAUCAUAUCUCUGGGUAGCAAAGAGAGGGGAAGACGUUAAUUGAGCUUGCCGCACAUUAACCCUUUACACCCUAACAUCAGUAUGCAUAUUCUCCAUACUGUUCUCUAUACAUUUCCUAAGGUGCUGACAAGGAGAAUGUGUUUAACAAUGAAGAGUUUCUUUAGUUGGUGAUCAUUUCCUUUAUUCUCAUGACCUUAAUGUUUGAUUCAGGGGUGAUAAUGUGAGGGGAAAUAGGAUGCUUGUCACUCUCAGGGGUUAAAGGGUUAAAAUACGGCCUGCUUACCUGACCAAUCGUGCCGCACGUACUAAUUGAUGGCGGAAAAAACACUCGGUCCGUAACUUACAGUACGGACCUCGAACUCAGUUGGUAAGAGGUAUAUAUUAUGUUACUUAUAAAAAAAGAUAAAGUCGAUGAUAACGAUAAUGUUGAAUUUAACGUCGAAAAGGCAGCACUCCAAUUUUGUUUUCUUGAUGAUUUUAGUACAAAAGGAUGCGAGAGCUUGGCGAGAAGCUAUCAGCAGACUGUGAACAUUAUAAGGAAAUGGUGACCAGCAGGGACAAGGCUAUGAAAGUAAGAACACUGUUAUGCGUUGUAGGUAUUGUAAAACAUCAGCUGAAAGAGCUGCCUCGAGCGCAGUUGUGUGCAGUGUCGUAUAAGGAAAACUGAAGUGAUCUUAGUAACUAAUCUGAGCACAGCAAAUAACUUAAGAAGUCAAGUAGAGCUCAAGAAAGAGGGAAUUUGCUAGACACUCAUUUGAAAAUCGCUGUACAGAGCGUGAAUGUUAUGAAACGAAGGAGCAUGGAUGUGAUCAAGGGCUAACUUGAUUCUCCGGAUCAAUAUCAGUAUCUGGGCAACUGCCCACCUACCCCUCCCCUAACUCAACGACAGUCAAUUGAUAACAACUUAGGGUUAAUGUUGGAUUAGGGGAGGGGUAGGUGGGCAGUUCCCCGGAUACUGAUAUUGAUCCGAUUCUUCUUAGAGAUUACAUUUUCUUCAAAAAGUACUUCUUACGACUCGGCAUCUUCCUGCGUAGCAACUCAGUCAAAUCUUAGAGAGGCAAUGACCUGCCUUCAAAUUGUGUUGUCGGAGUCUGUUUUAGAGCAUGUAGUCAAAGUUGAAAGGAAAGUUGAAAGUCAAGAGUACUUUUAAAUGUACUUUAGCCUCCUAAUGUGAGGGAACACGAUAAAAUCUUUCACCACCCAUAACCAGAUAUCUUUGUUCUACCUUGGUUUCUCAUUAUUAUUUUGUAGGAGGCGGAAAACAUAGUUGCAACUAAAGUAAAAGAGUUAGCCAAGGCACGCCAAGAAUGCGCGGAGAAGGAAGCUACCAUUGCAGCCAUGAAAAUAGACUUACAAACAUUGAACAAGGCACUAGAAGAUGCCAAAAGCAAAGUUGAAAACUCUGAGGAAGAGGUGAAACGAAGCUUCUAGUUAAUUGUGAUCAUCAAUCUUCCGAAAUGAAUUCCGGCUGUCUGAUCUUCUGUCAAAGAGGCUUCAAUCUUGUUGUUUGCAAUCCGUGUUGAUCUCCUUCAUUUCCAUCGUCGUCCUUUCCCUUCUGUCCCUUCUCCUCUGCAGUACUUUCCUUUGCCUAUCGUCCUCCCUCUCGGUAAAAUUUUCUUUCUUUCCCUAAACUACAUUUGAUUUAGAAGGCCAUGAUGGUGGUUGAACUUUCCCGCAGAAUUACUGAGCGCCCGCCUGCCCAAAAGAGGCCUUCCCUAACUUGUUGAGUCGUGAAAUGGCAGUUAACGUUGAAUGGCCUUUGUUAUAUUUUGUUCUUCACAGAAUAUCAAAGUCAAGAGUGUGUUAAAUCGUGAAGACGAGGUAAGAACACUUGCUUAUUUUGCACAUUAUUUUGUGAAUGCUUUCCAAGACAUAAUUUUUUAGCCUCUGUUAUAAUUCUCAAACUAUUGUUUUUCAAACUAUGGGAUGUUCCUCUUCUUUUCAGACUCAUCGCAUGUUCCUGCAUUCCUUGUAUCAGCGAAUGAUCACAGGGCAAGUCUAUGUUUCCUCACCAGACUCCGCGCUAUCCAAAUAUUCCUGGACGGACAUGUGUAAUUUGGUAUCAGAGCAAGUGUCAGCUCAUCUCAGUGAGCUUAAUAGAGCGACUGAAAGGGUAUAACAAAGCUAGUGUUUCAUUAUCACGAUUGUUGCUUCGUUUUACGCCUGUAGUACAAUAUUUCGCCGCGUUCUCAUCACAGGCAGCUUUUUUUUUUAUCAUUGCAGAUUCAGCACCUCGAGAGUGUGUUGUCAAGAAAAGAAGAGUCACUCCGACAAGUGCAAGAAGCUCACGAACAAACAGUGACCAAGGUAAGCACUUCGAAAAUCAAAUUCCCUCUAAAUUGUUAUACCUCUGAGAAUCUCACAUCUUGUUUGAAACCCUCCCCAGCUCUCCUCUGCUAUUAAAGACCGUGAAGUGUCGUGGAAGAAACAGAAGGCUGAGCUAGAGGAGCAUUACAGCAAAUUGAUAAAAGAUCUUCAUUCCAGGACUCAGGUAACACCGUGAGCAGUUUGAGACCGAUUAGCUCACAGAUAUUUAGGUCCCAACCUACCGCGUAACUUGAAAAAUUUACCAAUUAGCGAUAUUUUUUUUUUACGAGGUGUGAAAGAGAAGAUCGUGGCGUGAUGCGCUUUCACUGAAAGACAGUAACUUGACUGAGUAAAGUUUAUGUGCAUUAUGUUGGACGCCUCGGUAACCAGGUUUUAAUCUCUAAUAUCAACAGAAGACAACAUUCUUUCCGCUGACGAUUUGAAUAGGCUCCCAGCCUUUUCCUUUAUUUCACGCUUAUGACAAAUGUUUGGAAUAUUUUGAAAAAUGACUUUGUUGCCUUCUCCUUCUCACAGAAAACGCAAACUUUAGCAGACCAGGCUUGGGAAAGAGCUCACGAAACAGGCCAAGCUAAGGAUACGCUCGAAAUGGAGAACGCACGGCUUCAGUUGUCUUUGGAAGAAAUACAGAGAAGCGAGUCUUCUCUGUUGACUGUUAGCGCACUUCUCGCAGGCGCCCUAUGGCCUGCGUUUGGGAGAAUACGGGCUUUGGCCUCACAGCGUAGGAUAUUAUCCGAAUAUGUGAGAACAUUAGAAUAUCUUCGAGAUAAGACGAACACUUUGGGGGAAAUGUUAAGCCACGAGAUGGAAGCUGAGAAGAGGGAAAAAGAUGCUCCUCAAUCGAAAAAGCGGUCCCUAAGAGAUGGCCGCUGUCCCGUGUUGGUGUUUAGAGUGGGUGUCAUAGCUGUUAUUGCUGCCAACAGACUGCGCCAUUUUGGCUCCUUUAGUUUAAAGUUGUUUGUGUCCUCUGAGUCUCCCGGCGAGUUUGGCGGGAUGUCUAUUGUGUGCUGCGGGCAAAUGUCAAGGAAAGCUGACUUCAGGGGUGGGUAUUUGACGAUAUUUGAGUCAUUUUUUUGUGCAGCGCUCGAAAACUCUCUUUACCUUGAAGGAGACCACAAAAGUAUUUUUUUGGUGAAAUAGAAAGAGUCAAAAGAACUAAUAAUGAACUAUGAAGGAAAAAAUUGCCAAAGAUGGAGAGGACUUAAAAAGAAUUUAAGAAGGAAACAGCGCUCUCCUUCCUUUCUGUUAUGCAUUUUGCCAGUGUCCCUAAAAAGCUUGCAUGGUUUCAGGUGUGGUUAACAAACACAAACGAGAGUCUUCAGUAGUGGACACGUCACGCGCAGGUGCCAGGGUGACGUCAGCACAGGCUUGGUUAACCAGCUCUCAGUUACAAAGUCACCUCAUCAGUGCUGUGAGCGAACUGCAGUCGGCUCUCAACAAGAUGAACGAGGCAGAGGGUGGAGACUCUAGGAGGGAUGAACACGGUAGGAUAUUUGCCAAGAGGGGUACUAAAGUAACUAGACCCGAUCAAACAUUUUUAUCCGUGUGAUUUUUAUCUCCUCUUUAAAAGAAAAUGUGCAUGAAAAAUGACUGCUGGCCGCGUUUUGAGACUGACUUUUCUGUCAGGCACAAGAUCAGAAGAAUCAACUUAGAACUUACUGCCAGAAUAACAUAUCGUUUUUGUUUGCAGUUAACCCAGGAUUAGUUUAAUGCUGCGUUGUUUACUCUUCAAUUUAUUUCACAGAUGGAUCUAGCAGAGCACAGAGUCCUUCGACUGGGAACAAUAUAAUAGCAGCAGCCAGAGGUGCCUACAGCAAAAUUAUCUCUAGGCUUCAAACAGAGUUCUCUGGACGGGUGAUAGGAGAAGAGGCUUGGCACGAGAGGUACUCAGGCUUCCGAGGGGAGAUGAUGGCGUCUUUGGGCUUGGGACUCCAGCAAUGGCUGGCUAAAGCACCUGUGCAAGGAUUAUCUUACAUAUCGUCUCAGGUGAGAGACCAAUUAUGUGUAUAGAGUUCUUUUCGACCGAGUGUCAUACAAUCAAAACCAAGGUUAUCACAAUGGCUAAGGAAGAAAGGAAAAUACCUCUAAGAGCCGAUGACAACUGAGAAUGAAAACAUCCAAACACUCUAAAGCGCGGGAAAAGGCGGGCGGCCAAGUUGUGAUUGGUUUUUAUUUUGCAUCUGAUUGGUUGAGAAAGUGGCGCGAGUUUUUUGGACCAAUCACAGGGCGAAGUAAAGAAAAACCAAAGCAAUCCUUGAUUACUUUCGACAUUCAAGUGAAAAUUGCACUCUCCCUGAAUCGUUUUUCACUGUGGGGAUGUGAAUGAAACAACAGAAUUUCUCCUAUUUCAAAUUAACUACAAGAUUCUAUCGCGUUACAGUUAAUGAGGACAAAGCUUGAAUCAGCUAUCACGCAUAGAAAUUGAGAGUGAAUAAUCUUAUGGCUUUGUUAUGAAUCUUUCAAGUCGUUCAAAACUCAUUAACAAGACAGGCUCGUGUUUUUAUUGUAUUUUGUUUAGAAUCACACAUUGUAAGACCACUCACUUUACUCACUGUUUAUCACUGAAUAGAUAGCGAGUAGCGUGGCCGAUCAGAUCGCAGCAUUUGUGAUGGCACGCUAGUAGAUCUAUACUGAAACUUAAAUUUUUAGCGCGAGCAGUGAAAAAGCCACUGUUAACUCUAUGUAACUGUGACUUGUAAAUAAAAGGGGAGCUUCUUUUCUUAGGUUUGAAGAAAAUGAUGGGAAUUGGUAUUCAACAGUGUGUACGGCCAGAUCCAACGAUUCCAAUCUUAACCUGUAACAAAGACAUCUGUUGGCUAACCAGUCACCUCCGCUAACUAUGUUGGCACUAUACCAAGCUACUGUUUCGAAUAUCUUUCUUUGUCUUUCUAUAGCGAACAAUUAGUGCACUUCAGAGUCAAAUCCUUGGCUUUACUCAGCGCCUUCAUGCGGCAGAAGUCGACAGACGUUCGCUCAGACUUGAACUCUCCAGAAGUAAACAGGAGACUGCAGAGAUAAAGAGUGUCCAGUCCUCUUCUGAGACGCAGCAUCGUAAGGCCAAAGAGGAAGCGCGGGGUCUGGAGGAGAGACUUCAGGAAAUGAAAGAAGAGGUUUGUUUACACUUAUCAUUGCUGGGAGUUUUUCCUCCCGGCCUCUUCACAUUGAAUUUCUUGUCUCCACAAAAAGCAUUUUUAUAGAAAGGAAAUACUGAACAAGAAAUCGCCUCGCUGCUCAGGGGAAUUACUCCAAAACAUUUUCAGUCGCUUUCGGAAACUUGGAAAAUAGUACUGAAAUUUUCCAAUGAGUAGAGAAAAAACAAAAUUUUAGUUCGGAAAGAUAUACAAAAACCCAAAUGGGAAAAAAUGAACCCGAAAGAAGACAAGGAUGGCGAAGAUCGAUACAGAUUAAAAAGGAAGAUUGAAAAAAGACUAAGCUGUACUUUCACGUGCAUGUGAUGUACAAACCGUUAGAGAUCCUCUUUAAACACCCCUUUUCCCUCCCACCCAACCCCACCCCCAACACGAAUCCACCGAUCGAUUGUUAUUGUUGACGAUCUCUUUUUCGCCCUGUUUUAGAUGCUAUCCAUGGUACCUAUGGCCCGUUUUGAAAAUGUUUGCGAGGAGCUCAAUAACGCUCUAAGGCGAGAACAACAGGCCCAGGCCCUUCUUAAUGAGCAGACGACUCAGAUGCAAGAGAUGGGGGAGAGACUGGAGCUUCACGCCAACCAAGGAGAAGAAAAGGAUGUCACACUCGCUGAAGCUGUCAAGGUACAAACCUCUUUGAGGAUGCAUGGUUUCUUUUAAGGCCAGCGGCCAGCAAAACUCGCUGGCUAAUGCACCUGAACUCGCCACCUACUUGUCAUAGGAAAUAAAACCACAUUCUACGAAUAACACGAGAAACAUUCGCACAGAACACGAGCCUUGGAUCGGCAAAGUUUUGUCCUGAAAAACGAGAAAAGUCUUUCCUGAAUUCUGAGUCAUUUUGGGCGGCUUUUUCUGUUUCCCUGUUCUUCAAUCGUUCCGUGAUCAAAACAAAACGCUUUUGCUGAGUAGCCUUAAUUUUACUGGAUAAAAAUUUCUACGCGCUUUCGAUGACAUUCGAUGUUCGGCUCGAGUUCCACUUCAGCGCCUACUCGCUCGUGUUUUGCCACCUACUAAAAUGCCUAUUAAAAACCUGGAAUGUAUUUAUUGGACACAGAGGUAUAAAAGAGACAUAUUUUGGUUUUUAGGGUCUCACUGAGGCAAAGAUGGAGCUUCGCCGUAAAGAACACGCCGUCCGCCAAGUCUCAAAGCAAAUGACGUACAUGGAAAACGAGAAAAAUGCUUUGAUAGACAGACUUAACGAUGCCGAAAAAACAAUGACUGCCGCGGCUAGGUGAGUGUAAACGACAAUUAUUUACACCACGAACGAGUUAGAAAGAUUACAUCGAAUGCCUGUUGGAGAAAUCGAACUGAAAUUUAGUCCUGCUACGUGAAUUUCCCCUCCCCUCCCCUCCCCUCAUAAUUGAAAAAAAUAUUUCUGUAUGAACUUGCACAGUUUUACUGUAAGUUUGGCCUUGAUUUUGUCAUAACACUAAGUCAAUAAUAUUUCUUUUUAAGUUAUGAAUUUGGCCCAGCGUUUUAAAGCUUCGAUUGUCGCUCAUUUCAGGGAAAAAGAAGCUUUAACAGGUUACUUGAAGUCGGUCGACAGAGCCCUGGAACAGAGCAAAGAUCAAGUACGACUAUCCAAGGGUGCCUUAGGGCCCUAUGAGCACACUCUGCCCCAACUCAUUCUUCCAGACGAGCGGUUAGCGAUGGAUGGUUUAAGCCUGAGUCCCGAAUUAUUAUCUUGCCAGGUGUGCUUGUCGAAUUAAUGUACUUUCGCGGACGCGAAGGUCAAUUCCGUCAACUGUUAUUGUUUUCCUUGUAUGAAACAGAUAAGUUAUGGCUAGUUUGUUUCUCAAAGUUUGUCACAGCUUUGAUUAAUUAGUAACAGGACCUCGUGGUUUACAAAUUGGACUCCAGCGUCUCGGUCUUUCGAUUUUGUCUGAUUUGGUUACAGACCGGAUUGUACUCCACUCAGUCCUAUUAACUUUACUAAUUUUCCGGCAGGGUCAGUUAAUAUCUUGAUAUUAACCCCUACUCUGUAGAAAUUAUUGUGUAUACUCCCUAAAAAUCUGAAAAAAAUGCCGGCUUAUACGGACCUAUAGUCCAUAAUAAACCUCCCGUUUUAUGAUUGAUUUUGUCGUCGGGAACUUACGACUGUUUCGUAUUUCUUGGUUUCAGCAUGUUGUGACGUCAUUUAUCGAGUGUCAGCAGCAGGCAUUGGACCGUAUCUCCGAGCUUGAAAUGGAUAAACAGCAGGCCUUGUCACGCGUGACACAUUUGGAAGAAGAGAUUAAGUCACACAAGGCUCACAUAGCCACUCUGAAGAACGAGCUGGCUGCUGCCUGUAGAAGACCCAUGAGUGAUGACGGGCUGAGCGAACCUGGGCACUACAUUCCUGGCGUGGUAACCUUUCUGACGUUAUCUCUGUUGUUCAGAGUUUUAGUGGAUCGAUGCCAGUAUCUGAGCGAACAGUGCAUCUACCCCUCCCCUGAUCCCACAUUAACCCUAAGUCGGUAUCAGUCGAUUGAUGUUGGGUUAGGGAAGGGGUAGGUGGGCAGUUUGCUCAGAUAAAAGCAUUGAUCUGUUUUGGGGACAUUCACACCCUACGAAAUGUAAGCAGCUUCUUAGCACUUGCUACCAUCUAUUGUAUGUGAUUUUAAGGAAAGAAUGUAACCACAUUUUGUUCAAGGUGAAAACAUGUAAAAAAUAAAGCCGUGUUAAAUCGUAUUUGACCUGCAAAUGUUUUUUCAUUUUUCACUUCAGGAUGGGUUUGCCGGCAAGGAUUCUUCGCUGCAUCGCUUUUCAGAUCACAGAGAUGACGAGAACUUCAGGAGUUUCAUUCCUUUGUCGUAAGUAAAAUUUUCUGUUCGAGAUCACUCUCGGAGCUAGAUGUUGCAAGUGCAGUCCAGCCAUCUCAGACAGUUUGACCGCUAAGAUUAAUAGAUGUUAGCGCUUCCAAGCACCACACACACCCUUUACCCCUUUUCGAAUACAUUCCUAAUGGCGUAGGAUUAACGAUUCAAAGACAGUUACCCACAGAAUCAAUUUUAAGUAUCUUCAUCUUCUUGUUCUCUACGUCUUUUAUUCUUCUCAGGGCUCACCGUGAUUCUAGUGCAACUUUCAGGCCUUCGUUGGCCUCGACCAGCGGUUACCCAGACAGAAGUAAAGGCAGCUAUGGAAGGUAUAAGAAGUCGCAAAAUUUAUUUGUGUAGGGAAGUUCGAGUUGGCGAGAAAUUAAGCUCGGAUUUUUGAGAUUCCACCGUAAAUGGGUACCAACGAAGUGUCAAGGAGACGUGACGAAAUGCCCGCGCGGGAGGAGGGGGAGGGGAAGUAACUUGCCAUGGGAACUGGAACAGAUCAAGAUCAAAUUUAUUUAGACACGCUAGCCUAUCAUCAACAUUAUAAAAAGCUGUUUUCCAGUAGGGGCGUGAACUAAGUAUAAAAGUUUAAAACUACUUAAAAUAUACAUAAAACAUACAUAACAGGCCUCGUCGCAAUGGGCCAUUUGCCGCGUGUGCAGACUUUACUUUUUCCUGACGAUCGCAAGAUUUAUACUUGUCUUCUUGAGUGGCUCAUGGGAUGUUUUUAUUCGGUUAGGUAUAAAGAGCGAUCGCCUAUGUUAAGCUUUUUACCUUUCUCUCCGCUCACCCUGAUGUCAGUCCUCUGAUGCAAAUUUAUUUUCUUUUAGUCCAAAGAGACGCUUAACAUCGAGCUACAGAAAACAGGGGAAAAAACUUGGACAAGACUUCUCCAAACUGCUUGAUCAAGGACUUUGAGAGCAAAGGCCAUUUAAGAUGUGUCCUCAUCUGUUAGCAAAGAUAGUUUGAUUUUCAACCCAUUGCGGUUUAACCAACCCAUACAUUCCUGCAUGAUAUGAGUUUGGCGUUGGUGAAGGCGAAAGCAGAAUAGAAACUAUGAAAAAUAACGGUACUUGGCACUUGCUUAGCUCAAAUCGUCUUUCACCAAAAAUAACGACGUCGCAAUGAACAUUCUAGUUGAAAAAGUGUGCCAGUGUGCGGGCGGUAUCUGUCCUACGGAAGAGAUAUUUAAUUCUGGAGCUGUAUAGAAGAGGCUUAUUUGAUACAUUUAC